GUUGAAUUAUAAUGUUUUAAUUUUUUAUUUUAAUUAUUUCAGAUUUUUUUUUCUGUGAAUUUUAAUGGCGCUAAUAAGGACAGUUCAAGAGAAAAAUUAUGAUGCGAUUAGAUUCGAUGGACUUACAGUUUGGACACCUGAAGAGAAAUCGUGGUGGAGGCGAAAACAGAAAAAACCUAAAUGUUUUAUAUUAAAUAAUGUUUCAGGAUGUAUAAAGAAUGGCGAAUUUGCGGCAGUCAUUGGACCGAGCGGUGCUGGGAAGACGACAUUUCUAGUAGCUUUAGGUGGGAAAUGCACCCUUCCAUCAAAGGGGAAGGUGACCGUUAAAGGCCGUAAUGUUACCGAGCUGCAGGGUGUGGUCGAAAUUGUCCCCCAGUUUGAAGUGUUCAUGAACAAUUUGAGCGUAAUGGAGCAUUUAAUCUUUAUGAUAGAAAUGAAACUGGGUAGCUCUAAGAACCCUUCGAAUAAAUUCAUUCUACAUUCAUUGAUGACGGAACUAAAACUGUAUGCUCAUAAAGAAACUUUAAUUCAAUCAUUGUCUGGUGGAGAGAGACGUGUUCUAUCCAUUGCUACGUCGUUGUUAUCUAAUCCGGAAAUAUUAAUUUGUGACGAGCCUACAACUGGCUUAGACAGCUAUAAUGCAACAUUAGUCAUUGAAAUGCUAAAAAAAAUGUCUAUGGCGGGGAAGAUCGUUAUAUGCUCUGUGCAUCAGCCGUCGAGCGACUUAUUUAAAGAGUUUAAUACAAUAUUAUUAAUGGCAGAAGGUCGAUUAUUAUUUCAUGGAUCCCACGAGGACUGUAAUGAGGUAUUUGCGAGUGUUAACCUCCAUUGCCCCGAGAAUUACAAUCCAGCGGAAUACUACAUCAAGACGGUGUCUAAUUUAAAUAAUUACCGUUAUGAAGAAAUCAUGGAAUCUUUCCGAGACCGGUCGAGUCGAAACGAUGAUCCAGAUCGUAUAUCUAAUGCAUUGACGCAUAUUUAUAAGAGGCGUUGGCUUAAACAAGUUUAUUUAUUGUUAUGGAGAUCUACGAUAACAUUAAAAAGAAGUAUACGUACCCAUAUUUUUCAACUGUUCAUUACUUUGAUGAUAUCCUCGAUGGUGAUAGGAACUUGCUUCGCUGGUGUAUCAGGAACUACUCCACGUGGCACUCAGGACAUUCAAGGAUUACUCUGGCUUCUGACAAGCGAGUUAUCAUUUAUCUUAGCGUACAGCACUCUAAACGUCUUCAAUACAGAGCUCGCGCUGUUUAAGAGAGAAGUUGGAAUGUAUGACUGUUCGGCGUACAUUGUCGCUACAUUUUUGUGUUUUAUACCCCGCUGCGUAAUAUGGCCAUUGACACUGGUCAUUCUGGCGACGACAACAGUGCAGCUACCUAAUCAUCUGAUCACAGUAUUAAAGUUCAUUAUAGCAUUAUUCUUCACAGGAUUGUCUUCUGUUGCUUUCGGUCUUGGAAUGGGAGCGUUCUUUAUUUCAACUGGGUUGAUGGAUGACGUCAUGGCAUCCGUAGAUUUGCCGUUGCUGCUAACGUCAGGAGUGUUCCUCCGGCUGACCUCCAUGCCAACUUGGUUGUAUCCAUUAAAAUACCUCUCUCAUUUCUAUUACGGGAUGGACGCAUUGAGUAAUAUAUAUUGGAGACAGAUAGAUUAUAUUGAUUGUCCGUCAAACUCAACUGACCCUUGUAUCAAAGAUGGCGUAUCGGCUUUAAUUUACAUGGGAUACUCUAAAAAUUAUAUAGUACAAGAUAUUUCGGGUCUAUUCUUGGUUCUAUCAAUAUGGAGUACAUUGGCAUAUUAUGGAUUGAAACGAGAAGAAAAUAAAGGAUACGCGUAUUAA